ACUCUUACUACGGCAGCCUUGGCGAGAGGAUGAACCACUCAGCGACAUACAUUUUAGCUUCACAAAGGAGAGUGUUUACGCAUUUGCUGCACAGGAGACGCCAGCUAUCGAUCUCAGGGACAUGGAAAAGGUGGCAGAGCGGCGGGCCCUUCGCGUGGAGCUACGUGUCGACGCCGGGCUCGGAGCCGCUGCUGGGCCUCUCCAUCGGGCGGGCGGUGGACCGGGCCGAGCGGAGCUUCGGGGACAGGGAGGCCGUCGUGUCGGUGCACCAGGGUGUGAGGAAGACCUUCUCGCAGGUCAAGGAGGAGAGUGACCUCGUGGCCGCAGGACUCCUGGCGGCAGGACUCGAGCCCGGGGACCGCCUGGGGAUCUGGGGACCCAACAGCUACGAGUGGUUCCUCACGCAGUUCGCCGCCGCCAAGGCUGGACUCAUUCUGGUGAACAUCAACCCCGCCUACCGUCCCAGCGAACUCGAAUAUUGCCUCAACAAAGUCGGCGUCAAAGGCAUUGUGUGCGACGAGAAGUUCAAGACGUCAGAUUACUACAAGAUGCUGUGCGCCGUGGCCCCUGAACUGCCUUCCUCCGCGCCGGGUGACCUAAGUAGUGCCGCGCUUCCCCAUCUCAAGAAAGUGUUUAUCUGUUCUCAAGACAAGCUAAGUGGCACCUUCAGAUUUGAAGAUCUUUACGGAGCUGGGGAAAGUUCGCAUCGAAAAAGGGUUGAUGAACUGUCUUCCAAGAUCCAGUUUGAUUCAGCCUGUAACAUUCAAUUUACAUCCGGAACGACCGGUUUGCCCAAAGGAGCUGUUUUGUCUCAUCACAUGCUGGUGAACAACGCCUAUUCUAUCGGGAGCCGCAUCGAAUAUGCAAAAAAGCCUCAUCGCAUAUGUAUUUCGGUGCCUUUAUAUCACUGUUUUGGCUGCGUCGGUGGCACCCUCUGCGGCAUGCUGUAUGGGGCGACCUCUGUCCUUCCCAGUGCCGGCUUUGACCCCGAUGCCAUUGUCAAGACACUCGAAAAGGAAAAAAUCACCUCCUGCUACGGAACGCCCACGAUGUUUGUCGACAUUCUGAACUCUUUCCGCAAGAACCCGACGGAUCUGAGCGCCAUCUCGACGGGAAUCAUGGCAGGUGCUCCUUGUCCGCAGGAAUUGGUGAUGGCUGUCAUGAACGACCUCAAGAUGAAGGACUUUUUAGUGAUGUACGGGAUGACCGAGACGAGUCCCGUGACCUUCCAGUGCUUUCCUUCAGAUCCUCCUGAAGUCCGGUCGUCCACCAUCGGUUACCCGUUAGACCACAUUGAGGUGAAAGUGGUCGACGAGUCCGGGGAGAUCGUGCGCACAGGAGAGGCGGGCGAACUGCUCAUUAGAGGCUACUGCAACUUCCUCGGUUACUGGGACGACCCUGAGAAAACGAGGGAGAUUAUGACGCAGGAUAGAUGGUUGAGGACAGGCGACCUCGCCCUGAUCCAGCCUGACGGUUACGGCCAGAUCAUCGGCCGCAUCAAAGACAUGGUCAUCCGCGGCGGAGAGAACAUUUAUCCGGCGGAAAUUGAGAACUUCUUCAUGGGUCACCCGGAUGUGAUUGAGGCGCAGGUGUUCGGAGUGCCCGACGCCAGGAUGGGAGAGGAGGUGGCGACUUGGAUAAGAAAGGCCGAGGGUUCCAGCCUUUCGGACACGGAGCUUAGGGAAUGGUGCAAAGGAAAGAUCGCUCAUUAUAAAAUACCGCGCUAUAUACUGUUUAAGGACGAGUUACCACGGACGGUCACGGGCAAGAUACAGAAGUUCAAGAUGCGGGAACAGACCAUCGAGGAGCUGAACUUGAAGACGUAAAGUGUGUGUGUGUGUGUGUGUGUGUGUGUGUGUGUUCAAAAUGCGAGGACAGACCAUCGAGGAGCUGAACUUGAAGACGUAGAGGGAUUUCUAAAAAUGAGAUCUUAAAUGUUCUUUUACUUAUUGAAAAUUUGAGAGUACAGUAUGAGAUUAUGAUAGGGAAUGUAAGUAUGUCAGUGGUCAUGCAAAUGUAUUCAAAAUUAGCUUCAUUGUCAAGACGAAUUUACAAUUUUUA